AUGUACUUCCCAACCAGAUUCACAACUCUGUGUGUUGUCCUCCUUGGAUCUCUCUACGUCUCUGCCCAAGCAGUUGACGCCGAAGAGGGCAUCUCAGCUCGAGAACUUGGUCUUGAUCAAGACCUAUAUGAAGCCCGCGCCUUCGAUGAAGACCUCUACGAGGCCCGCGCUUUCGACGAAGUAGAGGACCUCGCUCUCCGCGACGAUGUUUUGAGCGACUUCAGCACCCGCGAUCUCGUAGAAGAAAUUGUCACCAGGCAGAGGUUUCUGGGCCCGCGCCCGAUUCUUUACCCUACCCGUUAUAGAGCGCGACCUUAUGGCUACCGUCCUGCUAUCCCCAGGCGUCGCUUCUGA